GUUAAGUUAGAAGAGGUUUACGAGAGGAGAGUGAAUUCUUAUCUGUUAGCGUUCAUACUAUUUACAGUCAAAAUGAUUGUUUUAGUGUUGUGUUCAGUUGCACUUUUCUCCCAAGCAUGGGGAAUGAAAUACACUGAUUGUGGAUCAAAAACCGGGAAAAUAAUUGACGUUCAUAUGACUGGAUGCGAGGAAACGGAUGUUUGCGAACUCAAACGAGGAGAAACAUAUACCUAUAGAGUCACAUUUGAUUCUCUGACCAAUACUGAAAAUGUAAAGACUGUUGUUCAUGGAAUCAUCGGUGGAGUUUCCAUGCCUUUCCCACUUCCGAAUCCAGAUGCUUGCGAUUAUGGAAACUUGGACUGCCCUUUGGAAAAUGGCAAAUCCUAUACUUAUUUAAAAGAAUUUCAAGUCCGUAACAACUAUCCUUUAGUCCAAGCUGAUGUGAAAUACGAACUGCAAGAUGACAAUGAAGACGAUCUUGUUUGUGUACUCUAUACAGUGAAAAUAGUCUAAUUUACGAUUCUGCAUAAACGAUAUUUACUGAAGAACAUAUAUGGGAUUUCAGGAGCUAGUUUUGUUAUAAGUUCCGCAUUUACUUUAACUAAUGAUAAUAUUUUGUAAAAUGUAUACUAUAUGCUGUUUUAUGUAUAGUGUAUGAAUUAUUAAAAGGAAACUUUAAUCCGUA